UCAGCCUUCGACCGUGGUAGAGGAAGGAGGCGUCUCCCGGGUCGCUCUCACUCCCGGCGCGUGUUUUCAGCGGGAGAGCACCUGUUUUGGGCAUAUUGUUUGACAGCUCUUUUGACUGAUUUUAGUUAUCCGUUUUUUUGAUUAUCUGAUGAUUUUUGAGGUAUCGGAAUUAAGACGGUGAUUAUUUUGGCAGUUGCGUGAGAGGAAAUUGCCAAUUUAAGAAGACCGUUCGGGGAGAGAUCAACUCUGCUCGAUUUUCGGUGUACCAGUCCUUGGACUCGCCGGCAUCGGAUAAAAGAGGGAGCAGCAACGCCGACCCAAGACGUAAGAGGCAGGACCCUGACCGGCAUCUUCUAACCUAAGAAGACAAUGGCGUGACUCCCUUCCCAGAUCCCCACGGUACCAGCCCCCGCCCGCGCAAGGUUGACAUGGGCGUCGCGAUGGGUCGAAGGCGGUGGGCGGUGGUGUCCUUAGGGAUGAUGGCGGGCGGUUACCUCGCCCUCGCUGCUCUCACACAGUUGGCGAACCUGCCGGAGGGAAAAGCUGUAGCGGGAGGCAGUGAGGAAUAUACGUUACCAUCGUUAGAGGAAGUGAUCCAGUCUGUUCAUGAUUUGGAUGUACAGCGCGUCCUCAGGAUGUACAGCGCACAACACGAAGAGGUGCCCCCAGGAACGCCCCACGUGCGCGUGAUCGUGACCUCCACCUGGCGCAGCGGCUCCACCUUCCUGGGCGAGAUCCUGGCCUCCCACCCCGGCGUCUACUACCACUACGAGCCCCUGAUGCCUUACGGGCUGCAGCAGCUCCACCCCGGCCCCAUGCAGGACGAGGUCCAGGGCUUGCUGCAGACUAUCCUCAAGUGCGACUACCACAACCUGGAUGAGUACCUCAAAUUCGCGUACGUGAACCACGACAUGUUCAUGCGCAACACCCGCCUGUGGUCCAUGUGCAGCGCCAUGCCCAGGACCAAGUGCUACAACGCAGACACCCUGGCGCGCCUUUGCUCGCUCUUCCCCGUGCACGUGAUGAAGGUGGUGAGAGCGAGGCUGGAGCUGCUGGCGCCGCUGCUCCGGGACCCCACCGUCAAGCUGGUGUGGCUGGUGCGCGACCCGCGGGCGGUGAUGAGCUCCCGCGCCAGUAGCGUCACCUGGUGCGACACCCUCGCCUGCAAGGACCCCGGGUACCUGUGUUCUGAUCUCAUGCUGGACUACAGAACCUACCUGUUACUGCAAGAGGAGCGGCCCGACCAGGUGCUGCUAGUGCGCUACGAGGACCUGGCGCGAGACCCGUACGGGAAGAGCCGUGAGGUCCUCGAGUUCGCCGGCCUGACCUUCCACAAGAGGGUGCGGGAGUACCUGGACGACCACCUCACCUCCGACGAGGACGAGCCCUGGAGCACGCGCCACGACCCCAAGACCCGCGUCGGCAGAUGGAUGAAGCUCAUGAAGUUCGACGACGUGGUGAGGACGCAAUACCACUGCAAGGCUAUCAUGAAGAACCUCGGGUACCGCCUCUUCGCCUCGCCCAACGACAUGGACGCCGGCAACGCUGUAGGCCAUCUCAAUCUCCCUUGAUCUCGUUGCGACGGGGAAGCCCAAGAACUAUGCCCAAAACGCUCGUCUUCAGCUCGAGUGCCAGGGACGUGGAUAUACUGAUCGCCGGUACCUGUGGCACGCGUAGCCUAAGCACCAAAUAUCCCUCAGCACAGAUACCCAUGACGCUUGUACCCUCAACGAUGAUAUCGUCGUACCCUCAGCACAGAUACCCUUGAGUUUGCCAUUACUCGGAGGCGUUCAGGUAACCAACAAGGGCACAGGCACUGUCCC